UUUAGCUUGGGUUAAUUAAACCUGCAAACCAAAGAACAAGAUUUUCAUAUGGUAGUUAAUAUGUCAUACAGUCAUAUGUCUUCUGUUUCAGUUUUCAAUAUGUCUAAUAAAAACCAAGGAUCCAACACCAGAGCAGAACUAUCAGAGUUAGUAAAGCGAAAAGAAGAAAUAACUGAAACUUUAGCAAAUCUUGAGCGCCAAAUUUACGCUUUUGAAGGAAGCUAUUUGGAAGAUACUCAACUCUAUGGAAACAUCAUUAGAGGAUGGGACAGAUAUUUGACAAAUAAUAAAAACACUAAUAGCAAAUCAGAUCGUAGAAACAGAAAAUUUAAAGAAGCUGAAAGACUUUUUAGUAAAUCUUCAAUCACAUCUGCGGCGGCUGUAAGUGGAGUGGAUUCUCGAAAAGAUGGAGACUCUAGUUCAAGCAAAGAAAAACAAUCUAGAGAAAAUGGAGGAAACAAACUGUUAAAACGUUCAGAUUCAAAUGGCAAAAUUUCCACAUCGAGUGUUAAAAAUAAAAAUAACUCGGAAGAUGGAUAUAGUUCUGUCAGUACCCAAGACUCUGCAUCUGCAAGCAAAGAUAAAAAGCGUAAGAUUCGGCAGAACAAGGUUGACAAAUAUGGUAAAAAAUCACGCUCUGGGGAAAGCUGAUAUUAUUUUGCUGCCUGCUGUGGUUUAUAAAUUUGACAAGAACAAAAAAAAAUGUUGACUCCUGGCUUAAUUUCCUGAAUUUAUUGUUGACUGUGAGAAGUUUGAACAUACGACCAGCCAAAACUUCUUAAAAUUUAGGAUUUUUCGUGAAUAAUCAUAUGGGAGGGACUCUCUCUAUCUUGUCCAGUCACCAUGUCAGUCAGGGGAUCAACCAAUCAAUCAUUCCUCGGAUGUUGGAGGAAAACCUACUCGGCCAAUGUAUGGAUGCAUAAACUCUAUCGAUCAGUUCAGAAACAUUUAGCAUCCACCUAUUUAACUAUACCAGAUUUUAUAUUGAAUUUAUCCUGAUAGAAGUAGAAAACACAUUCAUUGCUUUUUGCUCUUAUUAAAAUUUCAGUCUGCAAAUGUAUAUUGAUUUGCCGAAUUUUUUUUAAUUGUUCAUUUCAGAAUAUGGCCAUUCCUGGUAUUUGAAAAACUCUGUAAAGCCACUCAGAUGUAGUACUACAAUAGCCUUAUCAACAUAUCUUUGGUGUGUGUGACUGUGAGGCGUGGAUUUACUAUUAACAAUAUAACAAACUGUACAAUUGUUGGUAAGAAAUCAAUCUGAAUUGAAGAAUCCGGUUGAUGCUGCAUAUUUUUAUAAAUUUUGUCCUUUUUAUAUUAUCAAUUGUGCCUGUGUUUCAUUAUCGAUAUUCAAUGUUUUUGAUUUAUAUAGUGACUAACAUUAUUAGAUUGAGUCUAGCUUAAUGCCCAGUUCUUGAAAAUGACUCCUACAGAUAAAUCAAAGAAAUCAUACAUGAACAUUGUGAAAGAUUGGUUUACAAAUUCAUCGAAGAGGAAAUUCCUUAUCAACAUCGCACUUUUUGGCGCAGGCGUUUUAUUGACGGGAUCAUUUGAAGACCUGACUUUUGAAUCUCUUCCAGCACCUGCUGUCAAAUAACUUCGGGAUAUAAACUGUCAUACCAUGGACAAAUUAUGUUUGCUGUUUGGUUGGAGUGUUGCAAGAUCUGUAUUAAUUUUGCUGGAAGACUUGGAUGAUGAUUUAGCUUUCAAUUAUUUUGUUUCAAUUAACGGACUUACUUUUUUUGUUCACACUAUUGAUGCUACUAUAUCUAGCUUGACUUAUGAAAAUCCAGCAAAUAUACCGGAGCCAAUUUUA